UUUAAUUGAGGCGAAGGUCUCUCAGCAGCCGGUAUAUUUAAAAGGAAACAGAAAAUAAUCAAAUGAUCACUUGUUGCUUCUUUGGCGUUUGGAAAUGGGAAACGUCGUUCAAGGAACCAAAUCUAGUUUGGCACAAUAUGGACUGGCAAAACGCACACAGUGGCCUUGAAAAAUGUCAGUCUAUGGUGGAAGUACGGCAGAUUUGGAUGGAUGAAAGAAAAACUUCUUUAGCCCUUGUACUAUGUACAGACAGGGAUCUGAUGGAUGCACAACAACUAUGCACUUCUAUGGACGAAACAGGGUGGCUCAGCAUAUUGGAUAACACUAGUGACAGCCAACCACUCAGUUUGAAAUUGACGACAGAAUACAUACACGAUGUUGCUGUUAUGGUCAAGAAAGUGGUGAUUUUCCUAACAAAUGGUUUGGAUCGCAGGAUGAUUAUGCUAACAUACAGUCUUAUGAAGUGCAGUGACGUUAGGUCAAAGGUAACCAUAUAUUUCAGCGAUUCGCAAUGCAAAGAGACCAGAGAAAACAGAAACAGAUUAAUACGGUCUGUUUCGCAGGGUCUGAAGUCACAAAGAAUAGUUUCUUCACUGAUUGCGAAGCUUACUUUGUCUGCCUUUCAAUGGAAAUCGGGAAUUGACAUUUGCAUAAACACUCACAAUGACGUAUACCGUUUUGGAUAUCAAGUUGCUGCCUUAUUGCCCCUGGGAAGUUUCUUCUUGUGGAUAACGGAAAUUCAUGUGUAAAAGUGUUGGACGCCUUUGACAAUUGCAUCGCAUUUCAAUUGACUUUUGAUGAACGGCCAGUGGUCGCCUGUGCGUUUUUUCAAGGACAAGUGGCAGUAACUGUUCCUGUCAGUAAUUCAAUCUACAUUCUGUGUCUUAAGAAAUAUAAAUUAUACCGCACACACCAAAUUCAUACCAACCACCGGUAUCACAGCAUUGCUUUUAAUCCAGACUGCCUGUAUUGUCUGUAUAACGAUAGUGAUAAAUGUAUUAGUGUAAACGUUUUAAAUCCUCAGGGGGAAUUGCUUCAAACAAUCACAACUACCAUCAAUAUAAGGGAUGCUGCCAUUCCUCUUAUGUUUGUAACUAUCAGUACUAGCGAUACCCUGAAGCCUUGUAUGUUCGUAUCGUAUAGUUUAACCGAUACAAUACUGCGGAUAAGUCUAGACGGGACAAAAGUAAAUGAAUACCGCCAUUCAAGCCUUUCACAAACGACCGGGACAACAGACGUUGGCUAUGGACGGAUACUGGUCUGUAGUUCUGGCAACAAUAGCAUCGUGCUUUUAUCGGGAAAGAAUGCCUGCCAAACAAUACUCAGUGAGGACGACGGAAUCAGGCACCCACGAACAAUAGCCUACUGCCCUGAGAGUGGGAAAAUGAUAGUUGGCACAGAUCAAAAUGUGAGAUUGUUUAAUGUCAUGAACUAACCACACAAUGGGUUGUAUACCUCAACUAUGUAUCAUUGCCUUCCGGUUUAUUGCUGUUGUUGUUGUUGUUGUUGUUGUUGUAGUUGUUGUUGUUGUUGUAAUAAAAAAAUGUAAAUAUUACUAUAUAUAUAUAUAUAUAUAUACGUAUGUAUUAAUACAUUAUACAUGUAUUAAUCAUUCUUGCUACGCAAGAGCGUGGUCAAAUGUUGUUGGGGAAACCGGAGUACCCUGAGGAAACCAACUUGUCUGGUGUGGCAACCACAAACCAAGCUCACGUGGACUCAGGCCUGGAAUCGAACUCGAUUGUCCAAAACCACUAUGCGAACCGGACAACCUAGAUUCUGGGACUUGGUCUCUAACACUAAUCGGCUUGAUUCGGCUUGACAGUGUUAAACCUUUCAUUGCAGCCAAUUAACGGUUUCAAUCAAACCUAACCAGCUAUGUUUAAUUUUUGGAUGUAGUUUGUGUUUCAAAAAAUGUAUUGAACAUGUUUUUGUUUCUUUGAA